AUGUUUAAUAGUUCACCUUUAAGUUAAAAAGCUUAGUACAGUAUCGCACAAUCUAAGAUAACACAAGAUGUGAGUUCCAAAUGUUAGCAACCCACAGCUUUUCCCAAUUAAUCACAAUUAACCUUGUCAUAAUAAUAGACUUAAACUUUGUAAGUUUAAAGUACAGCUUCUUAACAAGGGAUAGUUGCUUAGUAGUCAUUCCAGUCAAUCAGAUCAGUGAGAGUUAAUCAAGUGUCGAUUAGAUCAACUGAUCACCAAGUUGAAUCCCAAGCCUGUGUGGGCAAUAUAAUUGCACCUCUACCACAAGAGUCUUAGCAGCAAUCCACUUAGAUUAGAAUGGAGGGUUCAAAGUCAUUAAGAAAUUACGUCACUUCCUCCCCUCAAGCCCCUUAAUCAUAUAAAUCUAAUAAUAGUUUUCCUCUUUCAAAACCUUCCUUCGUUGAGUACUACCCUCCAGUCUAUGUCCCUCACUUAGAGCCUAGAUAUGCCUAAACAAUAAUCACUAAUCCGAUUCAAGUGGUUGACGUAAUAAAGUUUGAAGAAAUUUGGAGUAAAAGAAUGGAAGUACUCGAAUAAUUGUUGGAGUAAAGAAGUUAAGUGAUUGUCGAAAACCAAAACUAUGAAUUAAGGGCAUCAAACAGUGAUGAUAGACAGACUAUUACAGACCUCUAAACUGAACUCUUUAGUGUAAAAACUUAAUUGGAAGAUAGAGAGGCAGUAAUUACUUUACUGAAACAACAAUUAUAAAAUGCCACAGAAUAAGCUGAGUUUGCAAACAAGCAACACAGGAGUACUUCCAAUAUUUUGACAUAAGAAAUGCAGAUUAAAAUUACAACUCUAUAAUAAACCAUUGAUAAAUUAUAAUUAAACUUGAUAUCAGUUUAACAAAUGGUAGAGACAUAUAAAUAAGAAAAUUUGUUAUUACAAUGUGAACUCAAAAGACAACAAGCAACUGUAAAUGAAAAAGAGGAAAUCAUAAUUAAAUUAUAAUAAUAAUUAAAAUUGACUCUUGAUUAGUAUAAUUUAGAUGCAUAAUCGAACAAGAAUGUUUCUUAAUAAAAAAUAUCUGAGUUCUAAAUUAAGUUGACCUCCCUUGAGUAAACAAUAGCAAGUCUACAAUCAAAUUUGAACUCUAAAGAUAACUAGCUUGAAAAACUGAGAAUUUAAAUCAAUCAACUUUAAAUUGAAAAAUAACAAAUUCAUGAAUUAUGCAAUCAGAAGGAUGAGACAAUAUCUAAUUUGUAAACCGAAUUAAAUGAACUCUAUUAAUAAGUAGAUUAAAUGAGUGAAGAAAUCACAACAACUUAGUCUAUCAAAACCUUUGAGGAAGAAGCUAAAAUGUGGAAAUAAAAGUUUAAGGAAUUAAAUGAUACUUAUCAUGCUUGUUAAGAAAAAUUAAUGGUUAGAGAUGCAGAGUAUGAAUCGUUAGUUAAACAACAAAGUCAAUAAAAGAUCGUAACUUUAAGCACAGUGAUAAAGUAAAAUAGUUCACGAUCUGUUUUACAUAACUCUGACUAUAGAUCAAGCAGUAUGAUAUAGAAUGAGGUUGAUAAAACUUAAACCAUUCAAAAAUCCCUUAGGAUGUGAGAUUGAUUAAUGUUAAACAUAGAUGUUAUAUUUUAUAAAUUGUAUAGAAAAA